AGUAGUAAUUUUAACACGGAAUCGAAAAAGUUGUUUUUUUAAGAUUUAAGCGAACUAACCUAGUGAAAUUAAACGAAAUGUGUGCUAAAACUUUAUUGGCAAGUGUUGCCAUUAUGCUAAUAGCAACUGUCUAUGCUGAAUACGAUGUGGCCAAAUAUUGUCAACUUGUGAAGACCGGUACGAAAAUGCCCAGCAUGGAAUCCUGUCAAGAUUAUUACAUAUGUGGCCUUAAUAACCAGCCAAUACCAGGCAAAUGCGACGCUAAUACUGUCUUCGAUAAAGAUACACAAGGCUGUGUACCAGAGACACAGGGUAACUGCUUUUUAAGUUUGGAUAAUCCAUGCGAAAAUAAGGAUGACACAUUUGCUCCCAGUGCUAAAGCUUGCAAUGAAUGGCACUAUUGUUUAAAUGGAAAAAUAGCAGGAAAUGGUACCUGUCAACCAGGACAAAUAUUUUACGCCUCUAACAGUACUUGCAUUAAUGGCCAUUGUCCAGAUGGCAAUAGCAAUAGUGGUUUUACGCCUGUUCUAAACCUAUGUGAUAUUAUGCAAAAUGAUCAAUUCUUUGGUGAUUUCGAAAACUGCAACGCUUGGCACAGGUGUAAUAAUGGAAAGCCGCAAGAUGGCAAAUGUCUAGACAACUUGGUUUACGAUACGAAAAAAGGCAUGUGUUUGAAAAAUGAUGGCACAAUGUGUGAUAGAACCGGUGGUAUAAGUGCAGUCAGUGGUGCACCUAAUCCAUCAUUAUGUACACAAAAUAAAGUAAAUAAUAAAGUGGGCGAUCAACUAAAGUGUUCCGUUUAUUAUGUAUGCACAGAAGAAACGACUACCUCGGAUCCCCCGACACCACCAACUUAUAAUUGGAUAAGAGAUAAUUGCGGUUAUGGUGAAUAUUUUGAUGUUUUAAGCAACGAGUGCUUAAGUCGUUCGAAAGCUCGUGCCUACCCCGGUUGUAAUCGUUGUGAAUUUACUACCGGCAGUACUACAUAUUGGGUAAAUGCCGACAGUUCUGAUUGUUCAAAAUUCAGUACUUGCAGAAAUGGGCAAAAACUAAGUAAUGGUGAUGGUAAUUGUUCUAAUGGAUAUUACUUCGAUGAAGCAGUUCAAUAUUGCAUUCAGGGUAAGAAAAAAAAUGGAGCUUGUGAAAAUUAUAAAUGUGAUGAAAAUCGUGUUUGCACGCUACAGGCACCAGCUUAAUAUAAUAAUUUUCAAUAAACAAUACUUUUUCAAAAACCAAAAAAAAAAAAACAAAAAAUACAAUUUCGUCUUCAACCUAUAAAAUAUUUCAAUAUUAAUCAAUCUAUAAGAGAUUGGACAAAAUUCUGAAAAAUAAAUAAAUAAAAUGUUAUUUUAAAAAUUUAAUUAUUUUUAA